AUGUCUACCAAAUCCAAGUCCAAACAACAAGAGGCCCUCCAGUUUCUCGACGACCUCGACAACCUCGCACCCCCGGAGGCCGGCGCCGCCCCCCCUCCCACCCAGGGCAGUGCGCAGCCUGGGUCGACCGAAGGCGAGGCGGAGGUCUUCGCGUUCAUCGACGAAAUCACCCAGAAGAGCUCCGAGCCCCCGCGCCCCAGCGUGCACAUCGACCGGCCGCUCUCCCGUGCUGGGACGCCCACCGUCCGCAAGAGCACCGAGAGAGUCAAGGUCGGCACGCCUGCUCCCCUCCUCCCUGGCUCCACUCCUCUGUCGAGGACGGAGUCCACGAGCUCCCGUGUCAGCGUCGCGCCGUCCUCGAGGCCGGACCCGUCUCCUCAGGAGGCGCAGCCCGUUCCCCCCUCGUCCUCGUCGGGGGGAGGGUGGGGAUGGGGCAGCGUCUGGUCGACGGCGAGUACCGCCCUCCAGCAGGCCAAGUCUGUGGUAGACGAGCAGGUCAAGCAUCUGCCCAAGAACGAGCAGGCCCGCAAGUGGGGAGAGGGCGUGCUCGAGUACGCCAAGACCGCGCAGCUCGAUAAGCUCAGCCAGGACUUCAAGCGCGUCGGUCUUUCGACACUAACGGAUAUAUUGAACGUGGUCGCGCCUCCCAUCUCGGAGCACGAGGUUAUUCAGGUGUGGCUGAGCCAUGACAUGCAGGGGUAUGAAGGAAUCGAGAGUUUGGUGUACCGUGCGCUCUCGCGCAUAAUGGAGCAAGUCGAAGGUGGCGACCUUGUUGUUAACCGGGGAGAUGAAUCACGUCCGAAGGAUACGACGGACAGCAAGAGGGAACUGAACGCUGUCGACGGCUACGACGCAGCGCUCAAAUUGGCUCAGGCCAACCUGGAGGAGCUAAAGAAGCGCAAUGCCAAGCCUGAGGCAGCCCCAUCUUCCUCCGCACUGAACCCGACGACCUUCUCCUAUGUCUAUCUCCGGGUCCAACCCUUCACAACAACCUAUGCGCUGCCGCAGUUUUCCCCUGGCUCCGAGGCACCCGGAACUUCUGGUCCGGCCACUCAAUCUUCUCUACAGUUCCUGAUCGCCCUGUCUGAUCCCCACCAUAACCUCAUUCACUCGACCGUCACUCAGUCUGUGCCCACAAAGUGGCUGGAGCUCUGGGACGAAUACGACUGGGUCGAAGAUCUUGUGGUGGAAGCCAUACGCAUUGGGGUUGAAGUGAUCGGCCAGGAAUACAUCGGCCAACGGAUGGGCUGGGAUGGGAAAAAAGCAGGAGAGAAGCAGCCUGCUGUCGAAGAGGAGUCCGCCAGCGAGAAGGCGACCGUGUCUUGA